AUGUCAACGAUAUAUAAUACGGAACCUCAGCCAACAGCAUCAGUCAUCCUUCACACAUCGGUUGGCGAACUUUCGGUUGAGCUUUUCGCCAAGCAGACCCCUUUAACAUCGCGCAACUUUCUUCAACGCUGUUUGGACGGAUACUAUGAUAAUACCAUUUUCCACCGUCUUGUUCCUGGCUUCAUAGUCCAGGGCGGUGACCCCACAGGCACUGGAAAUGGCGGCGAAUCGAUCUACGAUGGAGGUGCCCUCUCGGGUGACCUUGACCCGUGGCCUAUGGACCAGCGAAGAGGCAAGAACGCAGGGCCCCUGGGCAUUAACUUCAAGGACGAAUUCCACUCGCGUCUCAAGUUUAGCAGGAGAGGAUUACUGGGCAUGGCAAAUGAGGGGGCGCCGGACACAAAUGGCAGUCAGUUCUUUUUCACCUUUGACAAGGCUGAUGAACUCAACGGCAAGAACACCAUGUUUGGACGCGUAGCCGGCGACACUAUCUACAACCUGCAAAAAAUAGGAGAGGCAGAGGUAGCGGAGGGAACCGAGCGGCCACUUUAUCCUAUCAAGCUCGAGCGUGUUGAGAUACUCGUUAAUCCCUUUGACGACAUGAAGAAGCGAGAACGAGUUGCCAAGGUUGUAGAUACAGCACCAGCCCCAACCAAGAAGCCGAAAAAGAGGAAAGUUGGCAAACAACUGCUCAGUUUUGGUGACGAGGUAGGGGAGAGUGAAGAGCUUCCCAUACUGAAAAAGCCCAAGUUCGACACAAGAAUAGUCAUGGAUGACGAGGCAACAGAAGCGCCCGUCAAGCGCUCCAAGGGUGGAAAACCCGCAGAGAGCAAAGAUGCGAGUCUUUCUGAGCCUUCUGCGGCAGGAACGGAGGCAGGGCUGAGCGCAGUCGGCACGAAGGACGCUAUUGCAUCCUCGGACAGUGCCGCAAAGUUGCGCGAUGCCCCACAGAAGCCGAACGAAUCCUCAGGAUCACCUCCCCCACUACUAACACGGAUCCAGCCGAGAUAUGGCGACGAAGACCCGGCGCCAGGGAAGAAAAAUACAGCGGCUAAAGACAAUAGGACGGCACUUGAGAAGGCAAAUGAUGAAAUUGCUACCCUCAAAGCAUCAAUGCGCCGAAAUGUGAACUCGGAGCCUAUCAAGGAGGAAAAGAAGUCAGCUUUGGAGCUGAUGAUACCAGAAACCUCGACUAGAGGCAGGAAGAGGCGAGCAGGUGCCAACAAUAAUGAUGUUGCAGAAGAACAAAAGACGAUGAAUCUUUUAAAAGCCUUCCAAUCCAAGCUCGCGGAUGCCCCGAGCACAAACACAAACGCCCAACAAUCUCGGGCCGGAGAGGAUGCCACGGGUGAUGGAGUUACAGGGGGCGCGGGUGAAAAGCCGGCAGAGGGUGAGGGAGAAGUAUGCGAUCUACAUUUCAUCAUUAACUGUCAGAGCUGUCAAGCAUGGGAUAAGCUCGAGGGCAAAGAUGAAAGCGAUGACGAAGGAUGGAUGUCACACGCUCUCAGCUUUGCAGCAGAUAAGCUCGGAAAGGACCUGAACUAUAGGAAGAAGGCCGAGGAAGAGCUCAUCGUGAUCGACCCCCGUGAAAAGGCACGUAGCUUAAGAGAAGAGAAACGGCAGGAGAAAGGGAGCCGGACAGGAGGGUCCGGUCGGGCAUGGGAUCAGGCUCGGAAUGCACAGUUGGCAAGGUCUUCUAACCUUGCAGGCAGAGGUGCCAAAUAG